UAAACGCGUAAACAUUGUCGAGUAAUGUCAAAAUAGAGAAUAUGAGCACUGUGCACAAUAAAUACUUAACAAAGUACAAACUUUCGCUGUGUAUUACUUAAAGCAUAUUUAUUUGAGAGAUUCAAUUAUUUCGAUAUACAAAGUUAACCUGUCUUGGAAAUAUCAAAGUAUCAAACGAAGAAAGUACUGUGUAAAGUCAGUAUAAUUUGUCUUCAGUUGUGACUUGCUUUAGCUUUUGGCAUACGUCCAUUUGAAAGUACAAUUCAAAUGCGAUGAAAAUAAACGAGAAAAAUAUGGUAGCUUUCGCGACUUCGGCAACACCGGUGGAUCGUGAAGGUUGGUUAAAUAAACGCGGUGAACUAAAUCGUGGUUAUCAAAAGAGGUGGUUCGUUCUCAAAGGAAAUAUAUUAUUUUACUUUGAACGGCGUGGUGACAAAGAACCAGUGGGUAUGAUAGUUUUAGAAGGUUGUACUAUUGAAUUAGCAGAAGAUGAGGAACAGUUUGGCUUUCAAAUUGUAUUUCACGGACCAAAUAAUAGAAACUAUGCUCUUGCGGCAGAAUCUCAGGAAUCUAUGGAACAGUGGAUGAAAGCUUUGGCUUGCGCGAGUUAUGAUUACAUGAAACUUAUGGUGGCAGAAUUACAAAGACAGUUGGAUGCUGCGGAAGAAGAAACUACAGUGGUUGUACCUCCCGCGCAAUCGCCUAAAGCACCACCGAGACAGCGACACAAUCCUUUUAAUCGACCAGAAUCUCAUCAUCGUUCUCAAAGUGUCAGAUCUGCUCCUGGCAGAACUGAAAAUAUUCCACGAACAAGGAUAACAUUUCGUGAACUGCACACUAUGUACGGUAGGAGAAUUUUAGCUGAUUUAAAUGAAUGGAGGCAUGCAAGGAAAAAUGCAGAGGCUCCCUUAAUUACUCUUUAACAUUAUGUUGUGUGUGAACUAUAAAUAUUUAAAUGGGAAAUAUAACCUUACUUACGAAAUGUUAUUAGAAGGUAUCUUUUAUUUUUUGUAACAGGUCUUACAAUCAGAAUGUAAUGAAAUACUUUUGAUCAUCAUUAAGCGAUUACAAAUUAUUAUGAUCCCUUGUAAGGCAAUAGUAUAUUUGUAGAUGAGGCACGAUCACAUUUUACUUGGCAAUCGCGCUACUUUUGAAAAUAUGCACAGUUAUGCUUAAAAUGUAAACAGAAGAUUAAUCAAAAUAACAGUGUAUUAACAUUAUACAAUGUUUAAACAUUACAAAAUUUAGAAA